GCCGGUUGAAUUUACCUUGUAAUUCCUUGAAAAUAUCUUUUUUGGAAAAUUCACAAUGACUCGAUUAAUUCUGUUCAGUAUUUUAGCUUUGACUUUGAUGUCAACUAUAGCUAAUGCAGACGACACUGCUGAAAUCGAAGUUCUUAAUCAAAUCGACGUCACUGUUAAGGAUGAGGCAAAAGAAGCGAUUGGUACCGAAGAAACUUGGCUCAACAAAUGUACAUUUCUUUCGGCGGCAACAAAACCAAAGACAUCUUUUUUGAAAAAAGGGUCCAGAGCAUUGAAGAAAUACGCUUCUAGGGUGAAAAAAUCACAAACGCCGCAGUCUCAAGAUGAGCAAAUCAACACUCUGUUCACCAAUAUUGCCGGUCGAGCUAACCGAAUUGUUGCCAAUUUUGUAGCCCAAUAUGACCAAACACAAAAGAGCACCAACUUCACCGACAUCCAAUUCGAGAAAGUGAAAAGUAGCUUCGGUUCAUUGGCCAGAAAAUUGAGAAAUCUUGAUGAACAAUUGCAAACUGACAAUCCAAUGGACCCGAGAGUUACAAAGGUAAAGCAAUUCUGCACAAAUCUGUUCCAAAAUAUGUUGAUCAUGCGAUCGGUCGACCUCAAGAAGACCACAUGGAAUAAGCUCAAAAGGAUGAAGAAACCGGGAGUCCUGAUUGGUAACUUGGGACAAAAACUCACGGCAAAAACACAAAAGACAAACGCACAACCACAGCCGAAAACCAAGUAAAUCGAUCUAGAUGUUUCGAAUCGAUUUGAGUUGAUAUUGCAUUAAUUACAGGCCAUCGACCGCAACCUUUGCAUAGCACUAACAAAACAAAGUAAAACACGAAUUUGCGAUGAGCUCAUUCAGUGAAGUUCAUUUCAAUUUGUUUACGUCGUUAGACGCACUCAUAAACGCGACUGAAUGAACUCAUCAACAAUGUUCUGUGAUGAAAAAAAACCAUUUUUUUUACUUAUAAAAUUGACGUUUAUCACCAGUUACGCUCUCACAAUAAACAAUUUUGCAAAUUCGUGACAUUUUCUAUUUUUUUUUACAUCUUUAUUAUUGAGUAUAAAAAAUAUUCAAUAGUUUGCGGUAAACAUUGAACGAUCUGAGUGACAACUUUUGACAUUUGUCUCGCAGCGCUAGAAGUAAGCUGUCAGAUGUUUAAAUGCUUAUCCUGUGCCAUCGACC